AUUGGAAUAUGCACUGCCAAUUGUAAAUAUGAGAGCGUUCGUCGCGUGAGUCGAAGAUUUGGUAUGAAAGAAGUACCAGAAGAUGGAGAAGAUUGGACAGUUUAUUGGACAGAUUAUUCUGUAUCAUUGGAGAGAGUUAUGGAAAUGAAAAGAUUCCAGAAAAUCAACCAUUUUCCUGGAAUGAAUGAAAUAUGUCGAAAAGAUCUUCUUGCAAGAAAUCUUAAUCGUUUAUAUAAAUUAUUUCCGAAAGAUUAUUGCCUUUUUCCAAAAUCAUGGUCUCUGCCUGCCGAUUACAGUGAUUUUCAAGCUCACUGCCGAACUAAGAAAAACAAGACGUAUAUUUGUAAACCUGAAAGUGGUUGCCAAGGUAAAGGUAUCUUCAUAACAAGAAACCCUAAAGAUAUAAAACCAGGAGAACAUAUGAUUUGCCAACAAUAUUUAACAAAGUGUUUCACUAUUGACAACUACAAAUUUGAUUUGCGAAUUUACGUUCUUGUAACAUCAUGUGAUCCACUGAGAAUAUUCGUUUACAAAGAAGGUCUCGCUCGUUUUGCAACGAAGAAAUAUCAGGAACCCAACAACCAUAACAUGGAUGAAGUUUGCAUGCAUCUCACGAAUUAUGCUAUCAAUAAAAACAGUGAUGAUUUUGUUCGAGACGAUGAUUCGGGAAGCAAAAGAAAAUUAGCAGCAAUUAAUCAGUGGUUGGAUGAACAUGGUUACGACACUGCUAAGAUGUGGGCUAAUAUAGAGGACGUCAUCAUCAAGACUUUAAUAUCCGCUCAUCCAAUAUUGAAGCAUAAUUACAGAACUUGUUUUCCAAAUCAUUUAAAAGGAAGUGCUUGUUUUGAAAUAUUGGGAUUUGAUGUUUUAUUGGACAAAAAAUUAAAAGCAUGGAUUUUGGAGGUCAACCAUUCUCCGUCUUUUCACACUGAUGCAAAACUAGAUAAAGAAGUGAAGGAAGGUCUUUUAUACGAUACUUUUAAUUUACUCGAUUUGCGCUCGAUCGACCGAAGGAAAUGUUUGGAAGAAGACAGAAAAAGAGUGAAAGAACGUCUUCUCGCUAAACCCAAAUCAAGAGAAUCCAAGCUUGAAGAAAUGAAAACGAAUCAAAUGCAGUAUUUGGAAGUCAUCACUAAAUAUGAAGAUCAACAUAUGGGCGGGUUUCGCAGAAUUUAUCCUGGCCCCGGUGCGGAAAAAUAUGAUAAAUAUUUUGAGAAUAGUUGUUCUUUGUUCCAAACGACAGCAGCUUCAAAAGCACGAGAGGAGGCCGCUAAAGCUCAACGAGAGGAAAUUCGAAUAAAGCAAGAGAAAAAAGAUGCCAUGAUGAAGGGACGACCUUAUAAACCAGAUAUAAAGAAGGAGGCAGGAGAAGCAGGGGGCGAUAAGAAGCGUCGUUCGAUACCUGGUGUUGUUCCAUUCAGACAUCGACCUGCCACGAGAAGAUUAACAACUGGUCAUCAGAUGAGAUCGCGUUCUCCAGAUGAGAUUUUGCCUCCACUCGAUACAAGUAAACCACUCGAUAUAUCUGAGGAUGAGGAACUUGAGAGAAUAAGUUCAUUAUUACAACGAGACAGUCUUGUUCGAAGCCUUGGUGUUGUGGAACAAGUUCAUAGGUUAUUACACAGCACACCUGGUACAACAGGACUCGUGAAAAGCAUGGUUCCUCAUGGAGAAUUCGGAGAUGGACCAAGGUUGAAUGGGAUCUCAAUACCUGGAAUUUUAAUGAACUCCGCUCUUCGUGUCCAACCUCAUCCUCCUAUGUUGUCAAGCAGCGGGGCUCGUAACCAUAACAACCCACCAUAUGGUAUGAUAACUAUGACUCAGUACCAAGCUGCCUCAGCAUUAGCCCCAACUCGGCAAAGGGUAUUGGGACAACUGACAAAUGUGCCAGCGGGAACAACGGGUGGGUCAAAUAACCCAGGACAAUUAUAUUCAAUAACAAGUAUUGGGCAUAGCAGCGCCCCACAUCGGCAUUCAAGGUACAUGGCAGUGAACAGCUUCAACCAACCUGCGAAUGGGUUUUACGGAAAAUCCAUCGGAAAAAUCAAUUCUUCAAAAACUUAUGUGAUACCUGAUGGACAAGUAAAUUUGGCAAAUCACAAUAUUCUUGCUCGAAAUGUUGGAAGCUCAAUAAAUAGUCAAAACUCAGGUCUUUCAGCAUCAAAAUUUGCAUAUCGUCAAAAACAUGACGGUACUGUGGAAUGGAAAUUGGAUAACGCAGCUGUAGCUUUUCAAGAUAAAAACAGAAGAGUUUAUAGUGCUGGUGUACGAAACAGAGAAAAUUCAGCUACACGUGGACAUAGUGGGCAUUCGAACUCAGGAAACGAAAGACAAGGAUCAGGAUAUAUCAAUGCUGGUGGUGGUAAUGAUGCAAACACCAACGGUUUACCUAGUGUUAUAAAGGUCACAGCUGCAAAUAAUGAUCUGAAUUUGUCUGUUGUGUCUGGUCCUGCCCCUGUAGCUCACCGAUCAGAAUUACUCGGAGGUGUUUUAGAAAAAGCAACUGUUAUACCACCAGGAAGUAGAAGCAAUUUGGACAGUCCUAUUCCUUCCUUAAGAACAACAAAAUCUGAACGAAUUAGAGGAGCAACAAAUAACUUAAGAAUAAAGCAACUUGAACUGCGUGAAAACCGAGCCACUGUGAUUAGUUGAACAAUAGUAAUGAUUCUCAACAAUGACUUGCAACUAUUAACAUAAAAAGGUUCCAACAAUAUACACCUGUGUCAUGCCUGAAAUGUAAAUAACUCGACUUUGAAUACUUAGGCCAUGUAUGGAUCAUGUUAGGUAUAUCAUAUUUUACCACUGAAGAACAAACCAUAUUUUCUUCCAUUUUUGCCAAAAAAGUGUUUCCUACCACUUUUCUGUGUUUUCAUAAUAAUUUUACCUGGUAUUUUUUAUGUAUGUUACCUUGAUAUAUGACGUCAUAAUAAUGUGACGCCAUCACACUUUUUUAAUGUUUCAUCAAAUUAAAACGGUACAAUUUUGCAUGCGAAUUAGUGUCGAAUUCACUACAUCCAUUUCAUGCACAAAAUUUAGUGUGUAUGGUAAAAAUUAAUAUUUCCAAAUGAUUUUGUUUUAUAUUACACACCUUCAUCACACCCAUCAAUUACGUCAGCGUUCAAAACAAAUUUGCGAAUAAAAAAUAGAGAUUUUUAUAUCACAAAAAGGAAAUAAAAUACUAUUAGUGAUUAUAACAGCAAAACAAGACAAUCUUUUGUUUUACUGAUAACAUAUCUAUCAUGUAUGGGCCAAAAUAUAUAUGGCACCUGAUAAUCGAUUUAUAUAUUGUCUAAGCUCGAUCUGAGAAAAUUUUAAAAAUUGCAAGUUUGCAAAUUACUUUAGCGGAAUUUUGCCGCUGGCUGAAUUCAGUGACGUAAUGUUAGGAUUGUAUUUAUAAUGAAAACAAGGUUUCUUCAUUCAAAUUUUCCAUAAAAACAUUUUUUUGGCAGCGAAUCCGCUAUCAAACAAAUUUUGUUAGCUAAUUUCUUAAAUAAAAUGGUAGAUUUAGGGUUUGACGUUAAAAAAAAUUCGUCCAAGUAUUGAAUUCCCCAAUUUAAAGUAACUUUGUCCCAUAAUGAGAUUCCCUGACGCAUACAGCAAACGGUCAGGAGUUACGUUUUAAAUUAUUAGCUUAUUAUCGUUUGCUAUUUUGACUAUUUUACACAAAAAUGGCGUUUUUUUUUUUCAUUUUUGCAUUCCCUCUACCCAAAAAAAUUUCGAGACGAGUCAACUGACGUUUAGAAGCGUCUACUUCUAAAUAUUUUCGCCACACACCCUAAACGAAAUACGUUUUAUUAUGCAUUAAAUAAACGGCAUCCAUAAUUGAUAUGAAUUCUCACGCAAAAGACUACAAUUUUCGUCCUAAACAAACUCACGGUAGUCCAUAGUAUCCGUACACGCUGAGCGUCUGUCAACAUAACGAUAUUUGCUAGGAGGCUGCAGGAAUUUAGAGCAAUUUGAGCAAAUUUUUAAUCCGUAAACAUUUACUAGGAUUUAUAUAUUGACUGUGGAUGGUAGCGAGCAGCCUGAAAUGCUUUUGUACCGAGGUUUAAUAUAAAACGAGUUUUAGAAUCAGGAUCAGGGGUUUUAAACGGGGUUUCGUCGCACCCUAACGUCCCGCCAGUAGCCUACUGUCCAGGGGUUCCGCAACUUUCCAUAGGUGGUAUAUCGUGAUAAAUGUAUAAUGUUUGAAUAUAAUACUAUAUAAAUUAUUAGGUCUGUUGCUAUUAUUAUACGUACCACACUUUGAAGAUGAUUUUGUUUUGCCAGUAUUAGGUUUGCUUAUUUGAAUAUUGAUAGUUUAUACAACUCUGACAAUAGAAGACAAUCCACAGGUUUUUUUAAGUACUAGUAAGGAAAAAAAAAAUGAAAAUCUAGAUUUUUGUUUGUGUAUAAUUGUACCCAACAGUUUCAAUAAUCUAGGACGUUUUGCAUAAAAGUUAUGUUUUCUCUGGAAUAUGUUCCAAAUGAACUUAGUUUAUUUUUUGGCGAAUACCAUUACAAUACAAUUGGGUAUAAUAAUAAAUUGGUGAUACACAUACGCCUUGCGAUUUUAGUUUUAAAAUUAUUGGUUACAUACUUUGAUAUUUUGUAUAGUAACAAUGUUACAAUUGGUAAACUUGUAAGUUUUAUAUUGCACCACUUUAUUGAGAUGUCCAAAUAAUAUACUUGUUUCGGAGAAAACGCGACAAUAUCAUUUUUCUUGAGAUCAAAUCAGAUGAAUCAGAUCAAAAAUAUGAAAUUUCUGUAUUGUAUUUCACAAAAUAAUACUAUUUAUUUCAUUUUACUAUAAAACAUGGCAUCGGAUAAAAUUGCAUUUAUAAAAUUUAUCGGACAAAAUUAUAGGUAAUAUUACAUUUAGUUUUUCGCCGCACAGAAAUAAUUAUUAUUUAUAAUGUCGCGCAUUACCACGAUACAUACAUAUAUAUUACCUUCAACGUGUUUUCUGUCAUAUUUCUUAUUCAGAAAUUUUCGACAGUUUUGCGUAUUUUUACAUUUGAUAUGAUGUGUAUCUGCAAUCACUUAUGAGUGAGUUCCUGCUGGGUUAGGAAAAACUCAAUGUUCUCAAUUGACCACCGAAUCAAGUUUUAUAUCGCUUGAGGUAUAAAGUGUGCGCUAAGAUUAAUAAAUUCAACUGCGCAACCUGCAUUCUUAGAUAAUUAGAACGUUCAGUCCAUAGAGCGCACUGAGUUUAAUUUAUUUUCGUUUAUUCACUUUAGUAAUUGUACAUCUGCACUGUGAUUGGUAUUUUUUUUUGUUUGCCACCCUGUUAAAAAUAUCGUCUAUGUAUUUAAAUCUUGUUUUCUUCUUCAUUUCUUUGGUUGGAUUAUUAGUUGACAAGAAGUCACGAGUUCUUCCUCACUGUAGAACAAUAUUUAUUUUUUGUUU